GGGGGGAGAGGGGGGCGGUAGAGAGACCCCGGCGGACAGCAGCAGAGAGGGAGGUUGGACCGGGAACAAUAGAGGGAGACGAGGCCAGCCCCUGGAACAGCAAAGCGAGAGAAAGCAGCGAAAAGGGGGGAUGGAGGGGGAGACAACAUGUGAGGAAUAACGCCACAGCGCGCGAGAGGAUCUUAUUCGCUCCCCGUUUGCUCCCGUUCCCCGCUCCCGGUGCCCGUGGAUUGUACUCGACCGGAUCCCGGUAUGAACCCCGCAGAAGCGGCCGAGGAGGCGCCCGGCGACGCGGACACGGACGCCUUCUUCAAAACAGGGUCGCUGAGGACUGAAGGCAUCAAGGCCUCGGAUGUUCUCCCCGUGUUGAAGGAGAAGGUGGCCUUCGUGUCAGGUGGGCGGGAUAAAAGAGGCGGACCCAUCCUGACGUUUCCCGCCCGGAGUAACCACGACCGAAUAAAGCAGGAGGACCUGAGGAGGCUGGUGACCUACCUUUCCACUGUCCCCAGCGAGGACGUGUGCAAGCGGGGCUUCACCGUCAUCAUCGACAUGCGCGGCUCCAAGUGGGAGCUGAUCAAGCCGCUGCUGAAGACGCUGCAGGAGUUCUUCCCCGUGGAGAUCUGCGUGGCGCUCAUCAUCAAACCGGACAACUUCUGGCAGAAACAGAAGACCAACUUCGGCAGCGCCAAGUUCUCCUUUGAGACCAGCAUGGUGUCCGUUGAAGGUCUGGCCAAACUGGUGGACCCCUCCCAGCUGACAGACGACUUCGAAGGCUCUCUGGACUACAACCACGAGGAGUGGAUGGAGCUCAGGGUCUCUCUGGAGGAGUUCAUGUCCAACGCCGUUCACCUGCUGUCCAGACUGGAAGACCUGCAGGAGCUUCAGUCCAAGAAGGAGUUUCCGGCGGAUGUGGAGGGAUCUCGUCGGUUGAUAGACGAGCACACGCAGCUCAAGAAGAAGGUGCUGAAGGCCCCGGUGGAGGAGCUGGACCGCGAGGGCCAGAGGCUGCUGCAGUGCAUCCGAUCGAGUGAUGGUUUUUCAGGGAGGAACUGCAUCUCGGGCUCUGCUGACUUCCAGAGCUUGGUGCCCAAGGUGGCCAGUCUGCUGGAUAAGCUUCACUCCACCAGGCAGCAUCUCCAUCAGAUGUGGCACGUCAGGAAGCUGAAGCUGGACCAGUGCUUCCAGCUGCGUCUGUUCGAACAGGACGCCGAGAAGAUGUUCGACUGGAUCCGCCACAACAAGGAGGUGUUCCUGCAGAGCCACACGGAGAUCGGCCGGGGGUACCAGCACGCCGUGGAGCUGCAGACUCAGCACAACCACUUUGCCAUGAACUCCAUGGUAGCUACUAAUGCCUACGUGAACAUCAACAGAAUCAUGUCGGUGGCGAGCCGCCUGGCGGAGGCCGGCCACUACGCCUCCACGCAGAUAAAGCAGAUCUCCAGUCAGCUGGACCUGGACUGGAAAAGUUUCGCCGCCGCGCUGGACGAGCGCUCCACCAUCCUCGCCAUGUCGUCCGUCUUUCACCAGAAGGCCGAGCAGUUCCUGUCGGAGGUGGAGGCCUGGUGCAAAGUCUGCAACGAGGGAGGGCUGCCGUCCGAGAUGCAGGAGCUGGAGAUCGCCAUCCACCGCCACCAGAGCCUGUACGAGCAGGUCACGCAGGCUUACACCGAGGUGAGUCAGGACGGUAAAGCCCUCCUGGACGUCCUCCAGAGGCCUCUGGGUCCCGGCAACUCCGAGUCGCUGACGGCCACGGCCAACUACUCCAAAGCGGUUCACUGCAUCCUGGACGUGGUUCACGAGGUUCUCCACCAUCAGCGGCGUCUGGAGAACAUCUGGCAGCAUCGAAAGGUCCGACUUCACCAGCGGCUGCAGCUGUGUGUGUUCCAGCAGGAUGUGCAGCAGGUGAUGGACUGGAUAGAAAACCACGGCGAGGCUUUCCUCAGCAAGCACACCGGAGUGGGGAAGUCCCUUCACCGAGCCCGCGCCCUGCAGAAGAGACACGACGACUUUGAGGACGUCGCUCAGAACACGUACACCAAUGCAGACAAGCUGCUGGAGGCCGCCGAGCAGCUGGCUCAGACGGGCGAGUGCGACCCCGAGGAGAUCUACAAGGCCGCCCGGCACCUGGAAGUCCGAAUCCAGGACUUCGUCCGCCGGGUGGAGCACAGGAAGCUGCUGCUCGACAUGUCCGUGUCCUUCCACACACACACCAAGGAGCUGUGGUCGUGGAUGGAGGAGCUGCAGAAGCAGCUGUUGGACGAAGUGUGCUGCGACUCGGUGGACUCGGUGCAGACUCUGAUCCAGCAGUUCCAGCAGCAGCAGACGGCCACGCUGGAGGCGACGCUCAACGUGAUCAAAGAGGGAGAGGAGUUGAUACAGCAGCUCAGGGACGCAGCCAUGUCGACCAAUAAGACACCUCACUGCAGUUCCAUCGCUCACAUCCAGGGGGUGCUGCAGCAGCUGGACGAGGCCCAGGGCCAGAUGGAGGAACUGUUCCACGAACGCAAAAUCAAGCUGGACAUCUUCCUCCAGCUCCGCAUUUUCGAGCAGUACACCAUAGAGGUCACGGCGGAGUUGGACGCCUGGAACGAGGAUCUGUCUCGUCAGCUGAGCGACACCGGCCGAUCGGGCAGCGGCUCGGGCAGCGGCUCGGGCAGCGGCUCGGGCAGCGGCGGCAGCGGCGGCGGCGCGGAGGACAUCGGCCUGGCAGAGCAGCGUCUGAAGCGUCACGCCGAGAGGAAGGCGGCCAUGAACAACAUGACCUACGAAGUGAUGCAGCAGGGUCAAGACCUGCACCAGUACAUCAUGGAGGUCCAGGCCUCCGGCAUCGAGCUGACGGGGGAGAAGGACAUGGACUUGGCCUCUCAGGUCCAGGAGCUUCUGGAGUUCCUCCACGAGAAGCAGCAGGAGGUGGAGCUCAACGCGCAGCUCACACACGCGCGGCUGGAGGAGAUCCUGCAGCUGCGCCACCUGCAGGCCGAGGUCAAGCAGGUGUUGGGUUGGAUCCGUAACGGGGAGUCCAUGUUGAACGCCAGCAUGGUGAACGCCAGCUCUCUGUCUGAGGCCGAGCAGCUGCAGAGGGAGCAUGAGCAGUUCCAGAUGGCCAUAGAGUCUCUUUUCCAUGCCAACUCCCUCCAGAAGACCCAUCAGAGCGCCUUGCAGGUCCAGCAGAAGGCUGAGAUGAUGCUGCAGGCAGGUCACUACGAUCCGGAGGCGAUCCGAGGCUGCGCCGAGAAGGUGGCGGUUCACUGGCAGCAGCUGAUGCUGAAGAUGGAGGACCGGCUGAAGCUCGUCAACGCCUCGGUGGCCUUUUACAAGACGUCCGAACAGGUGUGCAGCGUGCUGGAGAGCCUGGAGCAGGAGUACCGCCGCGACGAGGACUGGUGCGGCAGCCACGACAAAGUGGGCGUGUCGGCGGACUGCGAGCACCUCCUGCCUCUGAUCAGCAAACAUCUGGAGCAGAAAGAGGCUUUCCUCAAGGCGUGCACUCUGGCCCGGAGGAACGCCGAGGUCUUCCUGAAGUACAUCCACAGGAACAACGUGAGCAUGCCCGGAGCCGCCGGCCACGCCAGAGGGCCCGAACAGCAGGUCAAAGCCAUCCUCAACGAGCUGCUGCAGAGAGAGAACAGAGUGCUUCACUUCUGGACCCUGAAGAAGCGGCGGCUGGACCAGUGUCAGCAGUACUUGGUGUUUGAACGCAGCGCCAAACAGGCGUUGGACUGGAUCCAAGAGACAGGUGAAGUUUACCUGGCCACACACACGUCCCCUGGUGAAAGCAGCGAGGAAACGCAGCAGCUCCUCAGCGACUACCGCCACUUCAGACUCACGGCCAAGCAAACCAAGGACAAGGUGAAGCUGCUGAUCCAGCUGGCGGACAACCUGGUGGAGAAAGGCCACGCCCACGUGUCGGAGCUGAAGCGAUGGGUCAGCACGGUGGACCGCCGAUACCGAGACUUCUCGCUGCGCAUGGGCAAGUACCAGGAGAGCCUGGAGAGGAGCCUUGGCGUGAGCUCCAAGGACAACAAGGACCUGGAGCUGGACAUCAUCCCCGCCAGCCUCACGGACGACCCCGAGGUCAAACUGCGUGACCCCAACCCGGAGGUCAACGAGGAGAAGAGGAAGUCCGCCAGGAAGAAAGAGUUCAUCAUGGCGGAGCUGCUGCAGACGGAGAAGACCUACGUCAGAGACCUCCAAGAGUGCCUCGAGACCUACCUGUGGGAGAUGAACAGCGGCGUGGAGGAGAUUCCUCCGGGCAUCGCCAGCAAGGAGCACGUCGUCUUCGGCAACAUGCAGGACAUCUGGGACUUCCACAGCAACAUCUUCCUGAAGGAGCUGGUGAACUACGAGCAGCUACCAGAGGAUGUUGGUCACUGCUUCGUCACCUGGGCUGAUAAGUUCCACAUUUACGUGGAUUACUGUAAGAACAAACCCGACUCCAGUCAGCUGAUCCUGGAGCACGCCGGCUCCUUCUUCGACGACAUUCAGCAGAGACGGGGACUCGCUAACUCCAUCUCCUCCUACCUCAUCAAACCAGUCCAGAGGAUCACCAAGUACCAACUACUGCUCAAGGAGUUGCUGUCCUGUUGUGAGGAAGGUAAAGGGGAGAUUAAGGACGGUUUGGAUGUGAUGCUGAGUGUUCCUAAGAGAGCAAACGACGCCAUGCAUCUGGCCAUGAUGGAGGGCUUUGAGGAAAACCUGGAGGUGCAGGGCGAGCUGAUCCUGCAGGACAGUUUCCAGGUUUGGGACCCGCGCUCGCUCAUCAGGAAGGGGCGGGACCGGCACCUCUUCCUGUUUGAGUUCUCCCUGGUCUUCAGCAAGGAGAUCAAAGACUCAGCUGGCAGAACAAAGUACCAGUACAAGAACAAACUACUGACGUCGGAGCUGGGAGUGACGGAGCACGUUGAGGGCGAUCCGUGUAAAUUCGCCCUGUGGGCCGGCAGAACCCCCUCCUCCGAUAAUAAAACCGUGCUAAAGGCCUCGAACAUGGAAGCCAAACAGGAGUGGAUCAAGAACAUCCGGGAGGUGAUCCAGGAGAGGAUGACUCACCUGAAGGGGGCGCUGAAGGAGCCUCUUCACCUGCCCAAAGCACCAGCUCUGUCCAAACCCAGGAACCACACCAAGAGGGACGGGGGGGAAGACGGAGACAGCCAGGGAGACGGCGGCAGCCAACAGGACACCGUCUCCAUCGCCUCCAGGACGUCCCAGAACACCGUGGACAGCGACAAGCUCUCUGGAGGGUGCGAGCUCACCGUGGUCCUUCAGGACUUCACAGCAGGAUGCAACACGGAGAUGUCCGUCAGCACCGGCCAGACGGUGGAGCUGUUGGAGCGGCCGAGCGAGCGGCCCGGUUGGUGUCUGGUCCGGACCACCGAGCGCAGCCCGCCGCAGGAGGGCCUGGUCCCGAGCUCCGCCCUCUGCGUUUCGCACUCGCGCUCCAGCGUGGAGAUGGACUGCUUCUUCGGCUCGGGGAGAGAAAACUACACGGUCAGCGGCCCCGAUGGAAAGACUGAGUCGGUGACCAACCUCCAGCCGCAGCCGUCCCUCAACUCGCUGCAGUCCAGCUCUCCGGGUCCCAAGCGCUCCGGGAACACUCUGAGGAAGUGGCUGACGAGUCCCGUCCGCCGCCUCAGCCACGGCAGCUCGGUCAAGAAGCUCCCCGGCAACAAGCCCAAGAAGAGCGGUCCGGGAACAGGAAGAGAGGAAAGCAGAAAGAGUAUUGACCUUGGACAGGCUGACCCUAACCAGCCGGAUUACAUCAUCGACGAGACUCUGCAGAGGUUCCACGUUAAGGAGAUUAACCCCCUCUCUAAGACCCCCUCUGGGAUGCAGAGCGGUGGGGAGGAGGAGCAGGACGAGGAGGGUCACAACCCUCUGCCUCCCCCCAUGGAGAUCAUCAAGGACUCCUCGGCUCAGGACGACAAGUCUUCAUCUUUGCUAACGUCUCUGCAGUCGUCCUCUGAGGUUCCCAGCGCUGCAGAGCUGGUUAGCGCCAUAGAGAGACUGGUUAAAACCAAGAUGACUCUGGAGCCGGGAGCGUACCCCGGCUUCUCGCCUCUCUCUCCCCCGGAACAAACCACUCCCGUCCAGCCCCGGAACCCCGAGCUGGAGCAGAGAGCCAAAGCGAUGAGAGGACGCAUGUUUGUCCUGAACGAGCUGAUUCAGACGGAGAAGGACUACGUCAAAGACCUGGGCUUCGUGGUGGAGUGCAUCAUGAAAAGGAUCGAGGAGAAGGGCGUCCCCGAGGACAUGAAAGGGAAGGACAAAAUCGUCUUUGGGAACAUCCGCCAGAUCUACGACUGGCACAAAGACUUCUUAGUCGGAGAGCUGGAGAGCUGUCUAGAGGACCACGAGCACCUCCCCGAGCUCUUCAUCAAACAUGAGAGAAGACUCCACAUGUACGUGAUUUAUUGUCAGAAUAAGCCAAAGUCUGAGUACAUUGUUGCAGAAUAUGACACCUUUUUUGAUGCAAUUCAGGUGGAAACCCAGUCCAGGUUUACCAUCAGUGACUUCCUCAUCAAACCCAUCCAGAGAAUUACUAAAUACCAGCUAUUGCUCAAGGACUUCUUGAAGUACAGCGCCAAGGCCGGCAUCGACUGCGAACAAAUCGAGAAAGCGGUAGAUUUUAUGUCUCAGGUCCCUAAGCUGUGUAACGACAUGAUGAAUUUGGGUCGGCUGCAGGGGUACGAGGGUAAGCUGAUGUGUCAGGGAAAGCUGCUGCAGCAGGAGACCUUCUUUGUGAUCGAGCAGGACACUGGCGUCCUGUCGCGCUCCAAAGAACGCCGAGUCUUCCUCUUUGAGCAGAUCGUCAUCUUCAGCGAGCUCCUCAGGAAAGGAUCGUCCACGCCCGGGUACCAGUUCAAGAAGAGCAUCAAGGUAUGCUUCCUGGGUCUGGAGGAAAGCGUGGACAAUGAUCCCUAUAAGUUCGUCUUGACGUGUCGCUGCUCGUCGGAUCGGUUCACCCUCCAGGCUGCCAAUGUCGACAUCAAGCAGAUCUGGGUCCGACAUAUCCAGGACGUGCUGGAUGCUCAAAGCAACUUUCUGUGUGCUCUCCAGUCCCCUAUUGAGUACCAGAAGGAGAAGGGCGGAGCGGGCAGCAGCUCCUCGCUGACCAGAAACCGCUCGUCAUCUGGGAACCGACCGUCGUCAGCAGUCGUGUUUGGUGAAAAGGAGGCGGAGCGAGGGAGGACCCCCCCCUUAGCUCUCCAGUCCCCUAUUGAGUACCAGAAGGAGAAGGGCGGAGCGGGCAGCAGCUCCUCGCUGACCAGAAACCGCUCGUCAUCUGGGAACCGACCGUCCCUGGGGGAUCACAGCCGACCGUCGUCAGCAGUCGGGUUUGGUGAAAAUGAGGCGGAGCGAGGUAGGACCCCCAUUAAGCCGUCUACCUCCAACGGCGGGUCGACGUGCUUAGAGUCCAAGGGCUUUGACCGCAGCUGUAACGGCGUCUCCUCCACCAUGCUGGUCUCCCGGGACUACUCGGCGCUCAAGGAGAACGAGAUCUGCGUCAGUCAGGGAGAGACGGUCCAGAUCCUGGCCACCAAUCAGCAGAACAUGUACCUGGUCUACCGGCAGGCCAACAGCCAGUCGCCGGCCGCAGAGGGCUGGGUGCCGGGACACAUCCUGGGCCCGCUCACCAAGCCCAUGAAAGACUCCUCUUCCACCUCCUCCUUCUCGGCGGCGGUGGCCGAUGCCAACAACAUCAAGAAGUCUCUGUCGUGGAACACGCUGCGCGCCCGGAAGCGCGCCGAGGCCAAGGACGUCUCCUCGUUGGCGGUCAGGGGCCCGGAGAACGGCCUCCUCCGUAAGCCCAAGGAAGGCGCGGGCCCUCCCCCCCUCGCCUCCCCGGCCACCAGGCCAAAGGGCAAAGACGUCCACACUUCAGACGAGUCCGACUGUGACGACGACCUUGACCCCAACGCCGGCAUGCAGCUCCUCAACCCAAAUUUCAUCCAGGAAGUGGCCCCAGAGUUCCUGGUGGUCCUGUCGGACGUGGCGUGUGCGUUCGGGGAGACCGUGGUCCUCUGCUGCAAAGUGUGCGGCCGGCCCAAACCCUCCGUCACCCUGAAGGGGCCCGACCAGAACCCGGUGACCAGCAACGCCCGCUUCACCAUCGACAUCAGGGAUACGGGCGACAUCUUGUUGAAAAUCUGUAACCUGAUGCCCCAGGACACCGGCAUCUACACCUGCGUUGCCGUUAACGACCACGGCUCCGCCUCCUCCUCCGCCUCCAUCAAAGUGCAAGGCAUCCCAGCAUCCCCUGGGAGGCCGGUGGCUCAGGAGGCCAGCAGCAGCGCGGUGAUGAUCCAGUGGGCGGCGCCAGCUUCCUCGGCUCACUGUGCCGUCAGCAGCUACACUGUAGAGUACAGACAGGAAGACUCGUUGCUAUGGCAACAGGUGGCCAGCAGCAGGGAGGAGUGUGUUCAGAUCGACGCCCUGAUCCCCGGAGGUCACUAUCAGUUCAGAGUGCGAGCCUCCAACCGCUGGGGGGUCGGCCCGCCGUCCGAGCCCUCCAACAUGAUCACACUGCCCAGCAGCAGUUCCCACGAUGGAACCGGGAUCCAGUGGAAAGAGAACUUUGAGUCGACCUUCUCUGAGAUCUGUGAGAUCGGAAGGGGAAGAUUUUCUGUGGUGAGAAAAUGUCUCAACAAGUCUACAAAGAAAGAGGUUGCAGUUAAGUUUGUGAGUAAAAAGAUGCAGAAGAAGGAGCAGGUGGCGCACGAGGCGGACGUCCUCCGGCACGUGCAGCACCACCGGCUGGUGGCGCUGUUGGACACGUACGAGUCGCCCACCUCUCUGAUGCUGGUCCUGGAGCUGCUGGAGGACGGCCGUCUGCUCGACUACCUGGUCGCCCACGACGAGCUGAUGGAGGAGAAGGUGGCCUUCUUCGUCAGAGAGACCCUGGAGGCCCUGCAGCACCUUCACACCUGCCGAGUGGCCCACCUGGAUCUGAAGCCCGAGAACAUCCUGGUGGACCUCCGCUCCCCCGCGCCGGGGGUCAAGCUCGUGGACCUCGGCGACGCCGCGCAGCUGUCCGCCCACCGCCGCCACGUCCACCUGCUGCUGGGGAGCCCGGAGUUCGCCGCGCCGGAGCUGAUCCGCGGGACGCCCGUCUCCGUGGCGACGGACGUGUGGGGCGUCGGCGUGCUGGCCUACGUGGCGCUCAGCGGCGUGUCCCCGUUCCUGGACGAGUCGCCGGAGGAGACCUGCGUCAACAUCUGCCGCCUGGACUUCUGCUUCCCGGACGAGUACUUCCGCGACGUGAGCCAGGCGGCGAGGGACUUUGUGUCCUCGGCGCUGCAGCAGGACCCCAGGAAGAGGCCGAGCGCCACCUGCUGCCUGCAGCACCCGUGGGUGGGGCGCGGGGGCGCGCACGGCGGGGGCGAGUACUCCAAGACCCCCCUGGACACCACGCGACUGGCCACGUUUAUUGAGCGGAGGAGGCAGCUGAACGACGUUCGGCCCGUGACUAACAUCAAAGGGCUGGUGAGCAGCAGCAUGGGCAGCACGCUGUGACACCCCCCCCCUCCCCCCGCCCCCCACCCCGGGGGCCCCCGCAGCAGCAGCAGCAGCAGCUCUCUAUGUACAUUAAGCUUUGCAUCGUCUUUAGUAUUUGUCCAUGUGUGAGAUGAUUGAUUGAAGGACCCCUCUUCCACCACUUCCUGCUUCAUUGAUAUUUAGUUACUGACCCGUAAACACCGAGAACCCAAAGAAAUCACACUGUGAGCGGCAACAUAUUAGUUUAUAUUUGUAGUUUGUAUUUUUCCAGGGGACAGAUGAUAUAUCGGAGGCCCAAGACUUUUGGGUCAAGCAAGUGAUUUUUUUCUUUUUUAGGCCUGUUGCUUAGCGACACCGCGGGGUGGACAACGUAACGUGUGUGUGUGUGUGUGUGUGUGUGUGUGUGCGCACACAUUGAAGAGCUUCGGCGGGGGUUGGAGCUGCAGCGCGUCGGGUGUGGUCUCCUCUGGCCGCGAGGUUGUAACCAACCCGAAACCAGACUGUAGAGGAACCCACGUGGCCCACGAAAGUUUGGUUUCAGGGGAUUUUACGGGCCAAAAUGUCCGCAAUGAUAUCGGAUCCCUCAACUGAAAUGACCUUUAACGUUCAAAGCGUCUGACAGUAAAUGUGGCUCAAGGCCUCGCUUAAAGAACGCUCCGGUGAAUAUUAUUGCAGCAGGUUUUUCUCCAACAUGGCCUCUUCUGGUCCAUUUAGGCAUAACGGAGCGAUUUAAAGCACCAACGUUUGAAGGCUUCUUGCAAAGACUUGAUUCAAAAGUGUUGAACCUCGCUAUAAUACGCCUUUAAUUCCUGAUGUGUUUAUAUAUUUUAUCAGGAGAAAUGUGCAUGUCGACCCGCAGCAGCCCUGGCUGCACUGUGAGCUCAAUCACGGACUGAAUCUGAACUACGAUGAACUGGGAUUAAAGCUGGAAGCAUCGACCACACGGGAGGUCAAAUAAUCUAGAGACUGGGACCCUUCAAUCUGUUUACAAAAGAAAAGGUAGAAUAAUCAGGGAAAAACCUGCAUGAAAAAUUAGAAAUCAGGUCAGAAAUCGCAAAGCCGUUUGUGCGUUUGUGCGUCACCGUGUCGAGUAACCGGCCUGCAGCGUCUGGGUUCAAUCCGCCGUCUCCACUCAUGAAUGUACAAAGAGAAGAAAAACGUAGAAUGUGUGCUCCGCUUUAGCCGAAUGCUUUCCUUUCACAAUGCACCCCCCCCCGCGCCCCCAACGUCAUUUAGCGUAGUGCAAAGCUCAGCAUCUAUCUCUGUGCAGCGGGGGGGGGGGGAUGCAGACGCCAGUCACAGUUCUGUUUGUGUAGUAAGAGAGACACGGUUCCAGGGUCCGAUCACACGAUGAUGUCAUCGUUCAAGCAUGGCAGCAAAACCCUUCUCAGCGCGCUGAUGGAUAUUACUCUGUUUAUGUAGUUCGUCCUUGUUUGGAAUUAAUUGCAUUUCAAUGUAUAAACUCCAUAGAAUAUUAGUAGUUCACUAUUUUUUACUGAAAAUAAAUCCGCAAUAAAAUUGA